CGCCCACCGCACGUCGUUGAUUUAAACCGUUAAAGCGGCCUGACCCGAAACUAUGUGAGGGCGCUUCGGCCUGCGUGGAAAAGUAAUAACACUGGAGAGAUUUGAAGCUGUUUUCUUUUUAUUUUCCGUCUGUCGCGCUUUGACUGGGAUUUAAACGAUCUGAAAUAGUGAACAUGAGACUUCGGUCGAGAGUUAUUUCUCUGGAGAGCCCGUCGUCUGAGACCGGCACCCAGCGCCGCCGUCGUCAGGCGGGUUUAAAUCGAGAGCCGCUGAUGGAGCAGAGUCCGGUUCAGGUUCAGGUGUCUCAGAAUGUCCAGGUGUUAAAGGAUUGCUCCAAUUUGUAUUGCGAUACCAUCCCAACUGUAGUGAAGCGCACACGCUUAAGACAUGGAAGGAAAAGGGUUCUACCACUACAAGAGAGUAAAGCAGAAUCUGACUUUAAGACACCAGUGCGGCAUCUCCAGGAAAGGCAGUACUCGGUCAAUCCUGCAGCACGUAGCCUUUAUUCUCCUGUAGUGCGUUUUGUCUCACCUGUUAAAGACGAUGAGAGGACAAAGCAUCGUGCACUCUUCAGCCCUGAGCGAUGUGUCUUCGGAUACAGUGCCAUCAGCUCCCUGCCAGAAGAUGAGGAGAAUGAAAAGGCAUUUAGCCCAUUCACGUUCAUCAAAAGCAUUCCAAACCAGUCGCAACAAUCCAGAGCAGUUUCGACUCUCCGGGACAUACCACCAAGGACAAGAAGCACACCUGCAGCCACCAUGGUGCUUGAUCUGGAUGAAACUCUUGUUUUCAGCUCCCUUAACAGAAUCGAGGAUGCAGAGUACACAUUCAACACAAUCUUUCAAGCUGAAGAAUACAAGGUGUAUGUGGUUCUCAGGCCAUAUGUGAAUGAGUUUCUACAAGCCAUGAUGAAGCAUUUUGAGAUGUUUGUUUACACUUCUGCUAAAAAGGAGUAUGCAGAAAUGAUAGUGGACAUACUGGACCCAAGGAAAAAAAUAUUUAGACAUCGUCUCUAUCAGGAUGACUGUGCCUGCAUUCUUGGACACUAUAUUAAGGAUUUGGGGGUGCUGGAAAGAGAUCUUUCAAAAACAGUGAUUCUGGGCAACGCACCCCACACUUUCCCAUACCAUUUGAUGAACAUGAUUCCCAUAAAGAGUUGGUGUGGGGAUAAAGAGGACAAGGAGCUCCAGAGGCUCAUACCUUACCUGGAGAAGCUCACCCAAGCUAAUGACUUCAGGACUGUGCUCAAGAAGAGAACGGCUCAUUUUCACAGUCUGCUCACUGAAGAUUAAAAUCCUGUGCCAUUUGUUAAUGUGUAUAUAUUUUAAUGUAGUAUAGUAUUUUGGAUGUAAUAUUGGCUGAGCCAUUUCAAAAUGCUAGUCAUUUUAACUGUAUUGUAUCUGCUUUUAAUGAAAUCCAGCUGUGCUUCAUUUGGGGCGAUUGCUGUCAUUUGAAAUGUUGUUUUUAAUUAUAAUUAUUGUGAACAUUUUUGCUAAAUUAUUAUUGCUGAUUUUCACAUGACACUAUCAAAUGGAUAGUGUGUCAAUGCCCUGGAGUCUUUCCUUUUGAACAAUGUCAUUAAACAAUAAACUUUGAUCAUUUUAA